AUGACAUUAUCAUCUUUUGCAUAUGAAUAUAGUGAGAGAGAUCUAUUGAGUAGAAAAGCUCGUUGGUUACCUUUGAUCUAUCCAAGAUCACAUCCCGCCAGAUUGCAAUUAAUUGCUGGCUUUGGUAUACCAGUGGAUAAUUUGAAAUUGGAAACAAUUGUUACCGGUUAUGUGUUAAAGGCUCAAUAUAUACUACCCUAUGCGGUUGAGCAAUUGCGUACAAAAAAUGUUCAUGAAUUGAGUGAAAGAAAUUUACCAAAUAAUGCAACAAUAUUUCAAAAAAUUAUGGCCAAAUCGGAUAUAGAACUUGGCCUAGCGGCAUUGCCUCCCCCCGGGGACACUCAAAGUGGCUAUCGUUGGGCUCUCUAUCAGAGUUUUGAGACUCUGGCCUAUCGCAUGAAAUUGAAUGGUCGUGUUUGUGUACUGAAAAGUAUAUGCGAAAGUGCCGCAGCUCCAUUCGAUCAAAGAAAUGGUUUACUGGGUGAACUUUUACACAUAUUCUUAACACCUUCCACAUCGAUGGAUACGUUGUCGGAACAUUCGGAUAAUGAUUAUUUACAGGCAGAACAUUUGGGUAAUGCUGGCAGCGAUUGUGAUAAAGUGUAUAAAAUGUGCCCGAAAUCAUUAUUGGAACAUUUCAGUGAUGUUCAUCAUUUGGGUAGUGAAUUUUUAAAAAUCCUAGGCUAA